AUGGAGCUCUUAGGAUCCACCCAGAUGACCACGUACACGCGUCCCAAGACAAGCCACUUCCUGCCAGCCAUCUCCACCAUGGCGUCCAGCUACCGGAGCCCCCAACCCAUCUCCACUGGGAACCAGAACGGCAACAUGCCCUGGAGGACUAACACCUACUACAGAACCGGCAGCGCUGUCCCCUCCCUCUCCGCCAUCCCCAGGGACGCCCUGGACCUGGUACGGGCCAAGACCAUGUUCUUCCCCUCCAACCGCACCGCGCUGAGCGCGCGCUACAUGCCGGAGGACUGGUACAAGUCCAACCAGAGCAACUACCGCGAGUCGGAGUCGUCGCGGAACAGCGCGGAGCGGCUGCGGCGGGACACGGUGCGCCUGAUUCAGGACAAGGAGCAGCUGACGCGCCGCACGCAGGACACCACCAGCCGCAACCUGGGCGAGCGGCUCAACGACAUCACCUUCUGGCGCUCGGAGCUGAGCCACGAGGUGGACAACAUGGUGACGGAGAUCAGCGCGCUGACCGAGGUCAAGAGGAGGCUGGAGAGAGCCCUGGCCGAGACCGAGUCUCCUCUACAGGUGGCUCAGGAGUGCUUGUACCACAGAGAGAAGAGGAUGUCCAUCGAUUUGGUUCAUGACGGUGUGGAGAAAGACCUGAUAAGGGAAGUGGAGGUCAUCAAGUCAUGCCAGGAGAGGAUGAGGAGACAUCUGGACCGAGCUGUGGCUCAGCUGGCCUCCGACCGUGCCGCCCAGCACGAGCUGGAGAGAGACGUCAGUGACAAGGUGGCCGCCCAGCGCAUAGACGACAGGUGCCACCAUCUCAGGAACACGUCCGACGGCAUCAGCUACUACAGGGGCAUCGAUCGCCUCGACCCAUCACUGUCUCUGCCUGACACUUGGACAAAGUUCACGGACAACAAUAUCCUGCACUCCCAGAGCGAACGUGCCGCUUCGCAUAAACUCAGGGAUGACAUCGAGGUCCUGCUCAACGGCACGUCCAACGACAUGUGGAAGCAGUUCAACACUGUCAACGUGAUGUUCACCUCUCGCAUCUCAGAGACCGCCGACGCCAAGAACAGCCUUCAGACUCACCUGGCUAAGACCCUGCAGGAGAUCUUCCAGACGGAGAUGCUGAUCGAGUCCCUGAAGAGGGCCAUGCGGGACAAGGAGAGCCCUCUGAAGGUGGCCCAGACCAGGCUGGAGGAGAGGACCCGCAGGCCCAACGUGGAGCUCUGCAGGGACUACCCUUACCACCGGUUAGUGAGCGAGGUGCGUGAGAUCGAGGACACCAUCCACUGCCUGCGGGAGCGUCUGAUGGAGGCCGAGGGGACGCUGCAGACCCUGGUCAAGGCUAAGGUGUCGCUGGAGCACGACCUGUCAAUCAAAGCCAACUCGCUGUUCCUGGAUCAGGAGAAGUGCAUGAGCAUGCGCAAGACCUUCCCCAGCACGCCUCGCCUGGUGGGCUACUCCUAA